AUGACCAAAAACUAUGAGAAGCAUUUUAACAAGAACCGGAUAUAUCGUCAGAACACCAUGCUUCAAGUCUGUAUGGGUCUGGUGGCUAUUGACAAAUCAAAUGACCAAGUACACCUCGUCCACUACUCCACCGAGGAAUAUUUUAGUGCUCACCGAGGAGGGAGAUUCCCAAAUGCCAAAAUAGCACUCGCACAUACAUGUAUGAAAUACAUCGGCUACAAAGAUUUUGACCGACAGAGGUGCAAGAACAAGGAAGAACUCCGGCAGCUCAAUGAUGAGUAUCCCUUCCUGCAGUAUGCUGCUCAAAACCUGGGGCUACAUUCUUUGGAGGCCGAACGAUUCGGCACAAGUGAAAUUGUGGAACUUUUCAGCGAACAACGUCGUCUUGAUUGCAUCAACCAGGUCAGAUCCAACUGUUUCCAUGACCACUCUAGAAAGUUCUACAUCUCUGCACCUGCGACUGCCGUUCAGUAUAGCCUACCAGAUGUCCUUCGGCUGCUUUUAAGGAAGAAAGGUCACAACAUAUUUAGCGUGAACGCUGUAGGCACAGAGCGGAGACUACCUGUACACGAAGCAGCCUAUCAGAGAAGUUCUGAAAUGCUGGACAUGCUACUAGACCACGGAGUCGACUUACAUCGGGAAGACUGCUGGGAGAACGUUCCAUUAAAUGGUGCCGUAGCAGGCGGGAUGACCGAUCAAGUCAAAAGAAUCCUAAGCCAAUGUCCGGACACCAUCAGCCACGCCAAUCAUGAAGGGAGGACGCCAUUGCACGACGCAAUAAUUUACCAGGCCGAGCAUCUUAUCCCACUCCUUCUCGAAUAUGGAGCCAACAUCAACAUCAGCAGUUCAAUCGACGAGCGCGCGCCGAUCCACGAGGCAGCUGCCAAGGGGAAAGAAGAAUGA